AUGGUUGAAUCAUCCAUCCUUUUAAACGAUCCUUUUAAAUUACUCAUCAAAGACCACGACAAUGUUCGUGAAUUAUUUAACAAUUUCAAAAGUAUUUCUUCACAGCAACAAAAAAUCCUCAUCAUUGAACAAUUCAUCAAAGAAAUAUGUAUUCACUCCUCGAUUGAAGAACGCUUUGUCUAUCCUCUCAUUACAUCAAAAAUUCGAGACUCUGGAGCUAAAAUGAUUAGUGACAGAAACUACUUGGAUCAUCAACAAGCCAAAGAAGUCUUGCAAUACUUCAUUGAUCACAUGCACAGUACACUGACCCUGAAUCAGAAUGAACAAUUACUCUUCAAUAAGACUGUCGAAAAAUUCAUCAUGGAUUUAUUAGAUCAUAUGAGUGAAGAAGAACAAUUUGUUUUUCCAAAACUCACUUCUCUCAUGACUCAACAAGAAAUGAGUGAAUUAUAUUCGGAUUUGGUGCGAGGCAAAGAGAAUGCUCCAACCUUGCCUCAUCCUAAGGCACCCAUGAAAAUGGGAACCAAGUUGUUGCAUCCCAUUACAGGAGCAAUGGAUAAACUCAUGCAUGGAGGAAAGGAAGAAGAGACUCGUGUCUCUUCAACUACACAUGAAAAUGUGAAUAUGUAA